GCUUGAAGAGAAACACAAAAUGAAGUCACAACAUGAGGAAAAUAAAGCGCUAAUGGGUAACACCAAAACUCAGGAACUUUGUAGGAUAUUGCAAAAACGUCUAAAAAGCAGUAAAGACAAUAAUGUAAGCAUCUUGGAACAUAGGGGUAUAAUAUACAACGAUCCCCAGGUUAUAAGUGAACUCCUCAGUGAGUGGUUUUGCAAUGACACCAGAGUGCACCCGACCCCAAAUUUCCAAAUGACCUGCAAAAGUAACCACAAAUUAGGAGAAAUAGAUUUUAAUAUACAAAAUAUAGACUCAGCGAUUAAGACAUUGAAGUCAAAUGGCAGUACUGGAACAGACGACAUACCAUCUGUCAUAUACAAAAAUGGUAGCACGGAAAUGGUAGUCUUGUUACUUAGAAUAUUUACUCUGUCACUGGAAACUGGAACUUAUCCUGAAGUGUGGAAAACCACAUACAUAUUACCUAAGCACAAAGCAGGGGCCAAAACCAGUGCAUGCAACUAUAGACCUAUUAAUAUAACACCGGUAAUAUCACGAAUAAUGGGAAAAGUGGUUAAAGACCAAGUGUCAGACAACUUACUAGAACAUGAACUUAUCAAUCCAUCACAACACGGAUUCCUCAAAAAGAGAUCAUGUGCGACCUGUCACAUAGACUUUUUCAACGAAGUUACACGAAGCAGGGACAACAGAGAACUAGUAAUUGUGCUAUAUUUCGAUAUAACAAAAGCCUUCGAUAGAGUCCCCCAUAAUCUGCUAGUCAACAGGUUAUGCUCACUAGGGAUAUGUGACCCUCUCCUGAGCUGGAUAAAAUCAUUUCUCUGUGACAGGAAUCAGAUAACAAAAGUUGGCUCGAUAAACUCAAGGCCUAAACCAGUAAGUAGUGGUGUAAUCCAGGGAAGUGUAUUAGGCCCACUCCUAUUCAUAAUAUAUAUAAACAGUAUCUGUGAAUGCUUUAGUGUUGGUAAACCAAUACUAUAUGCAGAUGACUUAAAAGUGACCUAUAAAUGCAAGAACACAGAUCUCGGAAUAACAGUAAACGCCAUACAGCAAGAAUUAGAAAAAAUGGACAGAUGGUGUGACACCUGGCAACUCCAGUUUAAUGUCGACAAAUGUGGCUGGCUCUGCAUGGGUUGCAACAAUUUAGAACUUGACCUGACAAUUCAAGGCCAUGCACUCUUACGACUGGAAUCUGUAUUGGACCUAGGACUGAAAUACUCACAUGACUUAUCAUUUUCUGAACAUAUCUCCAAACAAGUGUCAAAGUCACGCAGACUUAUCGGCUUUCUACUCAGGAACUUUUACAGAAAUGAGUCCAGAAUUCUGUUGUACAAGGUUUGUGUGCGUCCUUUAUUUGAUUACUGUUCAUUCAUGUAUAGUAGUAUACGCAUAGAGGACAAAUUGAAAGUCGAGGGAGUGCGGAGGUACUUCACGUCAAAAUUACUUGGAACCGAAAAUGGUGCGAACUACUCCACUAGAUGUGACACCCUAGGAUUAGAAACACUAUGGCUAAGACGCCUGAGACUAAACUUAACACUUUACUAUAAGCUUCUAAACCACUUAGUUUUUACCUCUACUAAUGGCAUUCGACUCUCAGAUGACAGUGGCUACAAACUAAGACACACUAAGGGUACAGUAGCUAUCGAACAAUGUAAAACAGCUACCAGGCAAAAGCUUUAUUUGAUUAGGUAUGCACAGAUAUGGGAUAAACUACCAAUGGAAAUGCGUCAAGCAGGUACAUUGGCCUCAUUCAAAAAAGUGCUUAACUACAAACUACACGAGUUUGCAAACGACAGUAGCUGUUUUAAUUUUUCUAAAACAGCUUCCAAUUCCUUGUAAACGUUGUACUUACCUCAAUAUUGGUUGAUUAUCGUAUGCCUACAACCACGGGAUGAA